AUGGAGGCCGUGCAGAGCUGCCGCUUCUCCCCGAGCGAGCUCUUCUACGACAGCUCCUGCCUCUCGUCCCCGGAGGGCGACUUCGCCGAGGACGUGGCGGCGCGGGCCGCGGGCGCCCGCGAGGAAGAGGAGGAGGAUGAGGAGGAGGACGAGGAGCACGUGCGGGCGCCCCGCGGGCACCGCCAGGCCGGGCCCUGCCUGCUGUGGGCCUGCAAGGCCUGCAAGAGGCGGCCCUCGAGCACGGACCGCCGGCGGGCGGCCACCAUGCGGGAGCGGCGCCGCCUCAAGAAGGUCAACCAGGCCUUYGAGACGCUCAAGCGCUGCACGGCGGCCAACCCCAGCCAGCGGCUGCCCAAGGUGGAGAUCCUGCGCAGCGCCAUCCGCUACAUCGAGAGCCUCCAGGAGCUGCUGCGCCAGCAGGUGCAGAGCUACUACGAGCUGCCGGGGCAGAGCUGCUCCGAGCCCGCCAGCCCCGCCUCGAGCUGCUCGGACACGGAAACUAAAAGAUGACUCGAUGCUGGGCAGAUGGCCUUGGUGCUGAAGCCUGCCCU